AUGGAUCCCUUUCAACAACUACCCCCUGUGCUUCGACUCGAGAUAAUGAGCAAUGUUCACUCACACACGACUCUAUGGCGACUCACAAAAGCAUCCCCAGCAAUGUGGAAUCAGUACGUUGCAUCAAAACAUGUCCUUUUCCGAAACUUCAGUUCAAGCUUGGCUCAAGUUGACAACGACAAUCAGGAACUCAUUCAGGAUGCCAUGGCAAUCAUCAGGUUCAAUGAAUCAAUGGGCAAUAAGGAAAAGACAAUAUUCUUUUUAGAAAGAUGGCUUGUCAAAUGUCUGCCGCCAUUCGAAACAAACGCUGACAUUACUAAGCUACAUCGUCUUUUUACGCGCAUCGGUUUCUUUAUCGAGGACUACAUGACAAAAGCAACGUCAGCAUCGCCAACCGAAGCAUACCUUUCUCUCCCUAGGAUGAAGUUUACCAAUACACUCAACAGGAGAGUAACACUUGACGACUUGACAUGGCCCGAGAAACAUCGUCUUUUCAGAGCUUUCUUCAAGUUUGAGGUAUUGAUGAAGAUCUACGAUCCACGCCUGAAACAAUCGAUGGACGAAAACUAUUAUCGAGAAAAUGCUUAUGACUUACUGCACGAGCUUGACCCAUGGAUCCACGAGUCCGUUCUUUGUGUCUUUGGCUAUGUCGAAGCUUGCUAUGGAGUCAUCUUUGCGCAACUAAAAAAGACACACGAAGCCGCAGUGGGUAUCGCCGAAACCGCAAGACGAAAACCGUGUCUGUUUCCCGACAAUCUAUACUUCUCCUCUGCUGCCCACUUCACUGAUAUAUAUUUACCCAGGGAUUGCUUUUCUAUAUCGUGGUGGUUAUCGUGUCACGGACUGGAUCUUCUCGUCCACGUACUCACGCAGAUGCGUCAGACCCCUGAAAGUCGGGAGCGUAUACGCAGCUGGAUAUACUCUAUCUCAUUUGAAGUUCGUGAUCCAUUCACACGUCUUUACGACAUUGAAAGACGAAAAUUGUUCGUUCAUCGACCUGUUUGUCUGUCGCAGGUUUUUGCACAUACAGACAAUUCACUUGCUUACCAUCUUCGUCAAAUAGACGGUACGCUCGAGGAAGAUGAUGCCUCGGACAGCAGUUCUGCUAGCAGUGAUUCCAUAUAUGUAUUCUAUCCAUCUCGUAUGCCUGAAGAGGAUCUCCAGGCCCCCAUACAGUUUCAAAUAUACCGGCAGCGAGCAUGGAUAUUUUGCGACAAUUGGAGGUUAUACAGAACACCACUUUUUGAGCACUUUCCGUCUCCUGAGAGUAUUGAAAUCCAGCAGGAAGCAGUGGAGUCCUGUUAUCCCAUCACGUCCUUGCGUGAGCGCCAGAGACGACGUUCUCCGGAGUGGCAUGAUUACUGGGCUGGGCGAACGCUUGAACCGCCACCCGAAAAAGCACGCAAUCAUUUUUGGGAGGUAGAGUUUGAAAAGAACAAUAUCUGCGAUAUCUCUCACUUUUACGAUUGUGUUACUGACGAAGGGCUUAGUACCUUUUGGAGAUACAGAAAGAGAUACCUUUCAUCGUACUGGAACCGCUCAUACUAG